AUGUCUGCCAAUGCGUACCCCAGCUAUGUCGGAGGUUAUCCCAUAGGGGCCUUUAUUGUACACGGGAAGGCCUCAUUGCAGACUUUAAUUCAGAGGCUUCGCCGCUAUCCCUACUCUGAGAGGGCCGAGGUCGAGAAUUCAGCUAGAGACAUUGCUGGCAAAGGGACAAGUACACCACAAUCGAUGCCCAGGGAGGACGAUAGGGUGGGGGCGAAAAAGAUUAAGCAAUGCGAGAACCUUCUCAAGCCAGGGCGAAAUGUGACCCCUUUUCGUGUGGGAGUUUGUGAAUUAGGUCAUUUACCCUUGGACAAGGUGGAUGGGCGGUUUGUGCGGAGGGAGCUGUUUGUGCGUGAGCGCGGCGAUCCGCAUCCCCACCUGAGAGCGACGGAAGACGAGGGAGUGUGGGAGGGCGGCCAGGUUCUAACCACCCUCGUAUCCUACCCCUGUUGUUAUCCUGAGAGGGAGAGGCCGUCCCAAUCCCCUCUCGAGUGUUUUUUACAUCAAUUCGAAAGCCGCGUGGAGGACGGCGUCCAUGACUACUGGGCGGUUCACACCGUUGGGGACUUCUCCAUGGAUGAGCUUUUUCAGAUUCUAGCCACGCCUCCGGCCGAUGCGGCGGGGGAUAAGCGCCCGACGGCUUUUCCCCCGGUGGCCUAUAUAAAGCAGCUGCGGGUGUACUCCGCGGCAUGUCGUGGGGUGGGUCGUAAUCCAACCGAAAUCUCCCCCCUUCACAAUCACCCCGGGGGAGAAUCCUUACCGGCGCCGCUAGCGGCGCUUGAGCGCCUAAAGUUCGACCACUUGACCUCCUCCACCACCACUCGAACUUCUGGCAAUAAAUCGAGCGAUGCGGAGGCGGCGCACUUCACCUUCUCGGAGCUUUUUGGCGGCAUUGGUAUGUUUCGUCUGGGGCUGGAGCGCGCUGGCGGGGCCUCUUUGUUUGCGGUUGAGGUCGCCCCGGAGGCCCGCGCAGUGUACGCCGCUAACUUUUUGCGCUUUUCACCGAGUCCAGAGCCACAACCUCUUCCCACCACCUCCCUACCGACGCACGGCGUUAAUGCAGGAGGGGAUACGUCUACCCUUUCCGAAACAACCGAAUUUCCAUUUCUGGGGGAUAUUACGGAGAUCCCAUCCUGUUUAUUUCCUUCGCAUGAUCUCUUGACAGCUGGAUUUCCUUGUCAGAGCUUUUCGAAGUCAGGACCCGCCACAGGAUUGCGGCAUCGCAAGGGAUGGCUAUUCUAUGAGGUCGUUCGAGUCCUGCGGGCAAGCCGACCAAAGGCAUUUUUGCUAGAAAACGUUAGCAACAUCGUGAACUUGGAAGGGGGCGAUCAACUUUGUGAGAUAUUGUCAUGUCUAGCGUGCCCGGGCCACUCCACGCGGCUGCCUGGCGGUGAGGCGCAGGGGGAAAUUCCCGAUGAUGGACGUGGAAAGUCCCGUGAUGAUCCCAUGGCAGGGUCUCAUUUUACCUCGUCGCGGACCGAUGCUUCAUCCUCACUAAUUAGGUAUGCCGUCAGCUAUCGUGUGAUUGAUGGUUCUAUUGUGAGUCCUCAAACUCGCCAGAGGGUAUAUUUUAUUGGCGUGCGUCAGGACGUCCUAUCUCAUACCAUUUCGAACGACCAUCCAUUUUCGCCGAGUAACCCUGUGGACGAAAUCUUUAAUCACGCCUUGGGGUUACUUGCCAAGGCUGGCCAUCAGGCUCCCUAUAAAUGCGUCGGGGACCUUUUAAUUAAGCAUGACCUUCCAGGAUCUCGCGGUGGGAUUGACAGCGGUCCGCCUAUCUCAUCUUUGGUACUCACAUCAACUCAGUGGGAGGCAGUACAGCGGAGCCGCACCUUUCGUCUAAACCCUCAGUGGCGCCUUGUGGAUGUGCUGGGCAAAGCUCGCACGUUGAUGGGCAGCUAUCGCACAAGUUUUCAGCUGUACUCGGAGUUUGUACCUUAUCAGGACCCCUUCAUCGCUCAAGACGCCCUUGUGGCGUUCUUGCGUGCUGAAGUUGAGGCCAAAACGGCGACGUCCAGAAAUGACUACCCCGAGAAGCCACACGAUCCUACGUUGGACGACGCGUAUUCUUCGAGAGCCGCGGGAUGUAGUCAACGGGCUCCUCUACGCUUUUUCUCUAUUCGAGAGUGCGCGCGUUUGCAAGGCAUUCCGGAUUACAUUCACUUUACCAUGGAUGGAGAAGGAAGGGGUGACCUGCAGGACGUCACUGUACACCAGCGUGUUCUUAAUCCCAAGGUUGGGGAGCCGUUAGCGAUGGGUGGAUGUGCUAGGGAUUCUAACCACACGAGAGGAUCUGAAGCGUCCAACGCGGCCCCUAAAUCGCUGGUGAGCCCCGGGUCUGUGUAUAAACUUAUCGGUAAUGCAGUCAAUCCGAUUGUAGUACAAUGCCUGGCUCAGAGCAUUGCUAAUUAUGUUUUUGCUCCACCGAAUAAAUCCUUUCCUUAUGGAAUGUUCUCGACCACGACGAACACAAAUGAUGAGCAGACGGAUUCCGACAAACAACCACCCUCUUUUAAGACGGAAAAGUUUACCGACUAA